AUGUCAGGCGAGGGCCCCGAGAGCAUCCCAACCUCGGCCGACGCCCGCAGCAAGCGCCCCGUGAAGAAGCGCGCCCUGACCCCCGUGUCAGCCCAGGCCUCGAACGUGGACGCGCUGUUCGCGCGGCCGGAGCAGGAGAUCCGCAUUCCGGACGCGGGCCCUUCGUCCUCGGGGCCCCGGCUCGCGGCGCCGCCCGAGAUCGUGACCAACGUGCAGGGGUCGAGCGCGGGCGCGGGCUCGGGCGAGUUCCACGUGUACAAGGCGUCGCGGCGGCGGGAGUACGAGAGGCUGCGGCAGAUGGACGAGGAGGUGAGGAGGGAGCAGGACACGUCCGAGUUCGAGCGCACGCGCGAGGAGAGGGCGCGCCAGGACGACGAGAAGACGCGGAGGAACCGCGAGAAGAGGGACAAGAUGAAGGCGCGGAAGGCCAAGGCCAAGGCCGGCACUGCUGGUGGUGCAAAGGCGGCGGCGGCGGCUGCGCCCACCACAAACGGGAACAAAGCACCCAGGAUCGCGGUGACGAGAGCCGACGAGGAGGAUGGUGAGCCGGAUACCGACAUCAAGGACGCGCCGGUUGCUGCGGAGGAGCCUCAGGGGCUGAUCAUUUCAGAUGAUUGA